AUGUUUUCCAGAACGUUCUUUACCCUUCUUCCGCUCUUACCGCUCUUUCGAGCAGCACCCCUCCCCGCGCCAUUACUAGGCCUCGAUAACCUUCCGAUCCUAAAUGGGCUCACCGACCCUCUAAACUCUCAAAACAAUUUACCUACCCUGCCUUCCGGUGUACCGAAUACUCCUACCGAUCUCUUGGGUACUAAUGGUGGAUUGGUGGACUCUCUUCUAGAUACAGUCGAAAGUAUAACUGGACCUCUCAAUAUCUCCCUCAACGCAAACGUCGACUUAUUAGGUAUCAAUGCGACGGUGGGACUCAAUGUUGAUCUAGGUGAUGACGAGGAGUUGAUCUGUGGACCUGUGAUUGGUCGUUGGGCCGAUCAACAAUAUAACGUCCCCUGUGUGUGCUGGAGCGAAAAUAGGGGAAUCGUGAUUGACGCUCAAUUGGGUGUUGAUCUGGGGUUAGGAGAGGUAGAUGGUCUAGAUGCUUUCUUAGAAGCUCAGAUCCGAUUUGGCGGAAAACAAUUCACCUACCCCGUUUAUUCGAUGCCUACGUGUGAUGGAGAUGGAGGAUUCAAUUGUCCUGGUGGUUAUCAACCUAACGGAAAAUGUACCAAAUUUCUCGCUGCGAAACCCCGACCCAGAGUCCUGAUUCAAUCCGUCUCUACUCCAACUCCUACACCUACGCCUAGCUCCGACCCCAGUGUAGAUGCAGUACCAACAGCUACCGACCUAGUCAUCAACUCUGUUCCUCCCUCUACUUUAGAUGGCUCUCCUACUGCCACCCCCGUUCCGACCUCGGCCCCUUCCCCGGUUGCUACUAUUGCUUCGCCCGAUCAACCCCAAGUACAAGCUCAAGAGGAUGACGGGGUGGUAUCUGUCAACAACGUAGCUUGGACUACUAGUACCAGCACGAGUACAAUUGUGCUACCUGCUACCGUCUUUGUCGAAAUGAUAACUACCACACAACCUAUGACUAUCUGGGCAACCGAAACGCAAACGCAGACCCAGACCCAGACUCAAACAGUCACAUCCACUUCAGUCCAAACUCAAUGGGCCACUCAGACUCAAACCCAAUGGUCAACCACUACCAUUUCGAACUGUGCCUCUGACGACAAUAUCUAUGUUAACUCUGUACCUCAACAGAUCGAAAAUGCAGGUUUCACACCUUCACCUACUUCUUCCUCCACAUUCAGUCCUGUUCCCACGCCUACAAUCACUUCUUCUUCCAGUAGCAUUGUUGAGCAGGCCAUACCUACUCCCACGACCUCUAAUGAAGAUGCUCCAGCUGCACCAUCUUCCUCUGAGGUAGAUGACGAUGCCUUCGUACCUCCCCCUCGAGUGAUACGAUUGGCCAAACCUCAAUCUCACGGUGAUCUGGAGUGUUCCAAUGGUGAAGAAUUCAAAUCCACCAUGUGCUGUAGAGUAGAUCAAGUUGAAGUAGAUGGUGAAUGUAAAUGUGCAGAUGGUUUGGAAAAUGUCUUGAACCUCAAUCUAUGUCUGUCAAUCUGUUUAGGAGAUAGAUUACCUUCUGGUGAAUGCUCGGUGUUGGGUUUGGGAACUACUUUCAAUUUAGGUCUGGGUGAUCUGUCUUUAUAA